AUGGAUAUUCACAAAAAAAUUUAUAAACGAAGAAAUGAAUUACCAUUAAAUAAAUUUCAUCAACUCAAAAGAUAAAAAACAGUUCAAAAAGAAGGAGAGAGUUGUAAGAAAAUAAAAAAAUAAAUUAGAGACCUUCAAAGAUUAAUUGAAAAAGUAUUAUAAUUAAAUUAAAAAAGGGUCAUAUAAAUGAAGAAGUUAAAUUGAUUAAACAAUAAGAUUUAGAAAAUAAAUAGAAAUAAUUAAAUUAAAAAUAAAAUGAAUACAAAUAAUAACAAAAAAAAAUAGAUUAUUUUGCCAGAAAAUAUAGAAAAAUAAAAUAAGUAGAUUUAAAAAAAUUGAAAAGAUAAUUAGAGAAAAUUUAAAAAGAACUUGAAAUAACAGAUAAUAGAGAAUCAUUAUUACAAGUAGAAUCAGAAAUUUAAGAAAAAAUAAAUUAUGUUAAAUAUUAUCCAAAAGAUUAAAAAUAUAUAUCAUUGUUUGGUAAGAAUUUGAAUGAGCAUGCAAAAGAAUAAUAAGAAUAAUUAAUUGAUAAAAGCAAAAAGAAUGUAAAAAUUAUUGAAUAAUAAAAAACUAGUUUAAAUAAAAGGAAUUAAAAAAAUAUAGAAUGAUUGAAGAGACUCAUAAGGAAGUAAAUGAUGAUUUUUUAAUGGAUGAAGAAAAUGUUUAGAUUGUUACCAAAUAAUUAGUUGAUAAAUAGGGAAAAGUAAUUAAAUAAAUGAAAUUUAAUUAAUUGUAAUGA